AGUUUACACUAUUUUAAUCUAUUGAAAAAUCAAAAAAAUGUCUUAUACAAGCUCUUAGAGUACCUCAAUUUCUUCCACUAACCACAAAAAUGAAUGAUCAUAGAUCAAAGAUGAUGAUCAUAUCUCCAGGUUUAUUACCAACUGAAUCAUUACUAGAUUCAUUGGUUUUAAUCUCCAAUGAAGUUAGUUCAAUUGAAAAUUUUCCAUUAGUACAAAUAAAAAAUGUAUCAUCCAUGAUAAGAAGGGUCAAGCUUCUUUCAUCAUUGUUUGAAGAGAUUCAAGAAUCCGAUUCACCGCUUCCGCCUUCGUCGAUUCUUUGUUUCACAGAACUCUUUUCCAUGAUCACAAGAGUGAAGAUUCUCAUUCAAGAAUGCAAAGAUAGAAGCUCUCUUUGGAGUCUAAUACAGUUGGAGUUCGUUUCGAAUCAGUUUUUCGUGCUUGUGAAAGAAUUCGGAAGAGCUUUCGAUAUUCUUCCUUUGAAUUUGCUUAAUGUGACUCAUGAUAUAAAGGAGCAGAUUGAGCUUUUGCAUAGACAAGCUAAGAGGGUUGAAGUUGAAUUGUUUAUUGAUCCUAGAGAGGUUCAAAGAAGAGAAAAGCUUUUGGAAGUAAUGUCGAAGAAUUGCUUGCAGAACAAGAAAACUAAUAAAGGGUUUAUUGAUUUUGUGAAAGUGGAAGAGAUAAUGAGUAGCAUUGGUUUGAGAACUUUAUCGGAUUACGUCGAGGAAAUAUCGAAAUUAGAGGUUGAAGCUCAGAAUCAAGCGGGGACGGGAGGACUAAUCGUCGUCUCGAAUAUAAACAAUCUCAUGUUGCUCGUUUCGUAUACGAAAUCGAUGGUAUUCAGAAACGACGACGAAUCAGAAGAGUGUAAGCCGUUAUCUAUGUUUCUAUACAACAAAACUAAAAUACAUGAUAAUGACAGUUCUUUGUUAUCUUCAUCUUCUUCUCGAUCGAUGAUGUCGUCGAUGGUUAGUAUUCCGGACGAAUUUCGUUGUCCGAUUUCGCUAGACCUAAUGAGGGAUCCUGUGAUUGUUUCAUCGGGACAUACUUAUGAUCGAGUUUCGAUUGCGGAAUGGAUAAACUCUGGUCACCAUACUUGUCCUAAAAGUGGACAAAGACUAAUCCACACUGCUCUAAUACCAAAUUAUGCAUUGAAGAGUCUUGUUCAUCAAUGGUGCUACGAAAACAAUGUCUCGGUGAACGAAUCGAAGGAAAACAAUAACAGUAGUAGCAAAAGGCACAAGAAUGAGAAUGCAGUUGAUCAUAUUUCAGCAAACAAGGCAUCAAAAGAUGCUGUCAAAAUGACAGCAGAAUUUCUUGUGGGAAAAUUAGCAACCGGUUCAACCGAUAUCCAAAGACAGUCCGCGUACGAGAUUCGCCUCCUUGCGAAAACUGGUAUGGACAACCGAAGAAUCAUAGCCGAGGUAGGCGCGAUUCCGUUUCUAGUAACACUUUUAGUAUCUAAAGAUUCAAGAAUCCAAGAGCACGUCGUGACAGCGUUAUUCAACCUAUCGAUCUACGACAAUAACAAGAUUCUAAUCAUGGCGGCCGGAGCGAUUGACAACAUAGUCGAAGUACUCGAGUCAGGAAAAACAAUGGAAGCGCGAGAAAACGCUGCAGCGGCUAUAUAUAGUUUAUCAAUGAUAGAUGAUUGUAAAGUGCAAAUUGGAGCAAGUUCUAAGGCAAUACCUGCAUUAGUAGGACUAUUAAAAGAAGGUACACCAAUUGGUAAAAAAGAUGCUGCUAUUGCAUUGUUUAAUCUUGCAGUUUAUAAUCCUAACAAGUUAAGCAUUGUUAAAAGUGGAGCAGUUACUUUGCUUGUUGAGUUGUUGAUGGAUGAUAAAGCCGGGAUAACCGACGAUUCGUUGGCGGUGCUUGCCGUGUUGUUAGGUUGUUCUCAAGGGUUGGAGGAGAUAAAGAAUAGUAAGAGUUUGGUGCCAAUUCUUAUUGAUCUUUUGAGAUUUGGAUCAGUGAAAGGGAAGGAAAAUGCAAUAACACUUUUGCUUGGAUUGUGUAAAGAAGAAGGUGAAUUGGUUGCAAGGAGAUUGUUGGCAAAUCCUAGGAGUAUUCCUUCUCUACAAAGUUUGGCUGGUGAUGGUUCUUUGAGAGCUAGGAGAAAAGCUGAUGCAUUGCUUAGGUUGCUUAAUAGGUGUUGUUCUCAACCUCAUCAUUCUUUGUGAGGGGAGUAUAGUAGGGUUUGUUUAAUGAGUAAUGUGAUGAUAUGUGGAUGCAAAAAUGUAUAUUUUUGUGAAUGUUAUACAUGGAAAAUUUGUGUUCAUUUGUUGUUGUAGAUUUGUUAAAGGUUCAAAAGCUUUUCAAGUUCUAUUUUUUGGUAUAUCCAUUUGUUUAAUAUAAGAAGAGUACAAACAAUUGAUAGAGAAAAAUUACAUUUAUCAGUUAUUGUUAGGAUUGAACAAGAAGUUGGAUGAAGUAAAAGGAAGAAUACAUGCAACUAAACUUCUUCUCAAGAUUCGUGAAGCUUUUGUUGAUGUAAAGAGAGAAGAAAGUAGAAGGAAAAUUAUAGGAAAAUUAGAAUUCAAGUAGCAAUGUAGAAAGCUUUGCUCUAGCAGUAAGAGAGCCUCAAAAGAAUAUGAAAACCAGAAGUUGGUGUGAUCAUUUUAAUAGGCCAGGGCAUAUCAAGAAUGCGUUCUUGAAUGGUGAGCCCGAAGAAAAUGUCUAUAUGAGAAUUCUUUUUGGCCUAUACUCGCCAUAAAAUUUUGGCAAGGUGUGUAAGCUCAGAAGUCACUUUAUUGUUUUAAGCAUUCCCCUCGAGCUCAGAUCGAAAGGAUGACACUCAAUGCCAAACCAACUAUUAUGUUUGUAAAAUACUCAAAAGAAGGAAGGGUGAAGUAAAUGAUACUACUCAUUUGUCCAUAAUAGUCCAUAAUCUAUAUGCAGACUGAGUUGGUUUGGUUAUGGAUUAGAGGUUCAAAAUGGGUACUACUCAUUUGUUUAGGGGAAUAAAGUAACUUGUAGAAGAAGUAAGAAACAAUAGACCUAGCAAAAGAACUAUUUAAAUGACAUUGCAUUUAUUUGAUUUGU